CUCUACAUUUGGAAUAGAAAAGUAGGCUAUUAGAAACGGCUCUCAAUUUGUUCAUGUCAAACACAAAUUCAUUGAACUUGAAUACCAAAUUUUCGAGAUAAGAGAAGCCCGAGAAAAAUGGAGACAGGACUGGCAGCUGCGUUGACCACGGACCAGAUGAAGGAUUCCUCGACCGAGACUGGGAAUCAGAAGGAGAUGAAGAAGGAGAUGGAGUUGGAGAUGGAGAAGGAGUUGUGGCCAAAGGAUGUGAAGUUGUAUCAGCCACCGGAGGAGGAUCAGAUAUUGCUGCCGGAGCGUGCUAGUUGCCUGGCGGUGAAAACCUAUCUGCGGAUGUGCAAUUUACCGUUCACGGAGCGCAGCUGUGUGAAUGCCGAGUUCAUGUCGACGGAGGGACGUCUCAGUCGGUUGCCAUUGCUGCGGCUGGGCGGCAAACUGUUGACGGAAUUUGAGCCAAUUGUGGGUCAUGUGGAGCAGAUGCUGGGCGGCAAGGGGCUGAGCAGCUGGCUGGAUGAGGAGGAGCGCGAGGAUAUGCGCAGCCUGGUCACCUACAUGGAGAACACCUGCACUCUCACCGAGUUCCAUACGUGCUUUCUCGAGGAGAAGGUCUACGAUGAUCACACCCGUCUGCGCAAUGGAGCUGCCCAUCCCUGGCCAUUGAGCACGUGGCGUCGCCAUGACAAGCGACAGGAGGCACUGCGUCUGCUCCAUGUCUAUCAAUGGGAUGAGCUAAGCGGCGAUCGGGCCAACCUAAAGCUCAACGAAUGUCUGCAGCUCCUCGACGACAUGCUGAAGGAGAAGCAGGACAGCUUGGAGCAUGCCUUGACCAUCCAGUCGUUCAUCUAUGGCAAGCAGCUCUGUGAACUGGAUGCCCUCAUCUAUGGACACUUGACGGCCAUCCUGACCACCGUGCUGCCCAAUCCCUUGCUCGCCCUAACGGUACGCAAGUUUCCACGACUUGUCACCUAUUGUCGUCGCAUCGACGAGCAGUUCCAUGGGGGCAAACACUUCGCUGGAGAGGAUUAACUGGAGAAUAGCAGCAGCAUAAUUCAGUCGACAGUAUUUUUAAGUCUAUUUCUUAUUGUUUUGCCGUCUUCUAUUCUUUGUUUUUACGUUAUUCGCACGGUGGUGGUGUG